AUGUAUACGCAGGAGCUGGAUGAAAGGGCGAAAAGGGUAGACGACGGAUCCUUUUCGACUUGCUUAGAUCGCGAAUCAUUUAAUACGCUCAAUACUGCAAGAGUUAAGCCACGUCUGGACAAGAAGUGGUGCUGGAAUAAGGUGGCUGUCCAAAGAAGUACUGGCCAAGCGACCAAGGUGAUAAGCGGGGACGCCAUUUUCUGUCUGCCGGAUACAGAGUACGAGGAACUGAGGUUGUCAGUAGACAUUGUUGUUCACUGUGCCUGGGAGCUGAGCUUUUCCAAGGCAUUUGAUAUAUUCGAGCGGAUACACAUCCGGGGGCUUUCUCGUCUAUUUGAGCUCAGUCAGCGCUGUCAAUACCGGCCCCAUAUCCAUUUCAUGUCCUCACUAUUAGCCCUAUAUGCCAAGGAGACACAAUCUUCAUCAUCUAAUGUCCAAGGUCCCGGCCAAAAGCCGGCCUCCCCGUGGCCUAUUGGAUAUACUGAGUCAAAGCUUAUUGCGGAAGAAAUGUGUAGGCUUGCAUCCACGAAGUGGGGCCUACCUACCACUGUCUACCGGAUUGGGCAGAUUGCAGGCAGUAGUAGUGGCAAUGGGGUGGUUUGGGACAGAAACCAGUGGCUUCCUUCAAUUAUGCACAGCUCCAAGCUAAUUCGCAAAGUACCUAAUUCAUUGGGACCGGCGGAAGUAACCUGGAUGCCUGUGGACCAAGCAGCCAAAGCCAUCUGCGAAAUAUUCCAGUCAAGAUCAUCAUCAAGUGGUGUGGUUGACUCCAACAUCACAUUCAACGUUGUCAACCCAUGCUUGACACGUUGGGAAUCUCUCCUACCUGUCAUUCAGAAGCAUUAUGCGGCUGAAGUAGCCGAGUCUGAUAUUUGGCUUUCAGAGGUGGAAAAACAUGAAUCACUGACUGGAGGAAGCGCAGAAACUAUACCCACGCGGCUUUUACUGCCGCUAUAUCGACAGAUAAUGGAGCUGUUCAAUCACGGAUGGACUAGGCCUUCGUAUGAUACUGAGAGGACUAAUUUGGCAAGCGAGACGUUGCGUAAUAUGGGUCCUAUUACCCCGGAGAUGAUGGAGCGUUGGAUUCAGCAAUGGAAUUUUUGA